AGAUUUAAUUUUUUGUUGGGAGAAAGAGGAGAAAAGAAUUUUACUUUUUGUACUUUAAGUACAUUUGAUGGGAAGACUUUUGUACUUUUAAUUAAGUAACAUUUAAAAUGCAUGACUACUUUUAACAGAGUAUUUCACUGUAGUAUUUUACGUGAUGUAAGUGUUUACACAGCAUUUCUUCCUCUCAAAUGCAAUUACAUAAAAAAUCAACAAAAUAUUUUAUUCCAUUUGCGAUCACACACCCUGAACAAAUUAAAAUAGACACUUGACCCUGACCUGUUGUCAAUUUACCAACGUGAACAUCACAGUCUAGGCCUUAACAAUGUUGGAAAUGAGUAAUUAGCAACUUCUUUCUGUUGAACUCCAAAUCUAACAGAACGAGCAGAAAGACCAUUUAUUUCUUACUUUGCUUGUACGCACACAUGCAUACACAAUGGACGGCACACUACAUAUCAUGUGAGCGCUGGAUAAACCUGAGAAUAGAAGUCUAGCCUGGGGCUGUCAAUCACAUCUUCCUCAAGAGGUGAUUGGUUAAAGAUUUACUAUUAAAACAGUGAACAGUGUUUUGUUGAAAUAUUUUUCGAAGACAAACUGACUUAAUUUCACAAUUAACAUUUAUUUUGUAUGUUUUCAGUCUUUUCUCUUUUGUUUUAAAAAAGAUGGAUGCAUUUUCUCGGCCAGAAUUGUUUGAUUUCCACGGAGUCUCGAUGACUCACUUUUUCACAGACAACUGGGAGAACAUUCAAAACUUUCAGGCCAGGCCAGAUGAUAUAAUUGUUGCAACAUACCCCAAAACAGGAAACACCUGGGUCUCCUACAUCCUUGACCUGCUGCAUUUUGGUCAGACAUGUCCAGAGCGUGACACAUCCGUCCCUCUCCAUGAAAGGGUGAUUAACUUGGAGAUUGCCAUGCCUGCUAUGCAGCCAGGAUUAUCCAUGAAAAAAGGAACAGAAAUCCUGGACAACGUCUCCACCUCUCCUCGACUCAUCAGGACUCAUCUACCAGUCCAGUUUCUACCAAAAUCCUUUUGGGAGAAAAACUGCAAGAUAGUCUAUGUGGCCCGCAAUGCAAAGGACACUGCUGUGUCUUAUUUCCAUUUCGAACGCAUGGCAAAGAUCUUCCCAGAGCCUGGAGACUGGAGCAGCUACCUCCAGAGAUUCAUGGAUGGAAAGAUGGUGUUUGGAUCCUGGUGCGACCAUGUGAACGGCUGGUGGGAGAAGAAACAGAGUUAUCAAAAUCUCCAUUACAUGUUCUAUGAAGAUCUGAUUGAGGACACUGGACGGGAAAUAGACAAACUCUGCUGCUUUCUUGGUUUGUCUCCUUCAGCCGAGGAGAAGGAAAGAAUUAAAGGCAGAGUGCAGUUUGAUGAUAUGAAAAGGAACAGCAUGGUCAACCAUUUAUCAGUCAAAAAUUUCGAUUCCAAAAUUUCUCCUUUCAUGAGAAAAGGGAAAGUUGGUGACUGGAAGAACCAUUUCACUGUCGACCAGAGUGAACACUUUGAUGAAGACUACAAGAAAAAGAUGAAGAAUCCUACACUGCAGUUCCGUACUGAAAUUUAGAGGCCUGUGAAUAAUGAAGAUUUCUGAACUGACGAUUAAAUAGAUAAUAAUGUUGUUGUUACUGAUUCCAAUGUUACAUUUCAUUGACAAGAAUAUUGUCUAAUCAGUGUGAGACAUCUUUUCUUAUAAUGAUAAUUAUAACUGAUGUUAUAAA